AUGGUCUGCAUUGUGGAUGAAACCAGCAACGUCCUCUUUCUGCAGGUGUCCAGAUCCACUAAGCCGACAAUUUCGGGCCCCGAAAAUGCUGUGGAUAAAAAUAACAAACCUAGAUACAGCUUGUGUGAUGAUGGCCAUCACGCCUUUGUCUAUCUCCGGACGGUGGACUCCAAAGUUGCACAGAUCCGAAAAUCCUUGCUGUGGCUCAAGACCAUGGAAGCCAGGCAGCGAAGACAGAUUUUUGAGUUUCCGUCCAUUCUCCUGCCCUCGUUUCCCCCACCUCUCAAGGCUCUCCAGUCUAUGUGCCUGAAAAACGCUGGAGCAGAAAUAAAUUACACACCUAGUGACCCUUUUGAUCCGGCCACUCUCUUACAGCAUAUCACGCUUGACUUGACGCAAUCCCGAGCCAUCAUAGACUCACUAAGUCGAUCACUCGCUCUGAUCCAAGGACCGCCGGGGACUGGAAAAACCUACGUUGGUCAAGCCAUCAUCAAGGUGCUGCUGGCUAAUAAGGCCCGCGCCAAGAUCGGACCAAUUGUGUGUGUCUGCUACAUCAACCAUGCUCUGAAUCAGUUUCUGGAGCCCUUGGUUGGCGGGGGCAUUCAAAAUUUCAUACGCAUUGGGUCCCGGUCAAAAUCAGAAAGGCUCCAGCCCGUCAAUUUGAGGGAGGUCGUCAAACAGAUGAUAAGGAUGCCAGUCGAAGGCAAGGCUCUUCGGGACUCUGUCGUUGAGCUUCAAUCCGAAGCUGAAUAUGUCCAAAGGAAGCUCAAGACAUACAAGCACCUCAACACGAUCAGCUAGCGAAGAAAUGACUGAGGAAGAAGACGAAGCUACCAGAGCUGACUUGGCCAGGCCAUGUUACCAGUACUU